CCAUCAAGCAGAUGAGCAAGAUUGACAACAAUCGUUAUCUUGAUAUUCCUGGGCAUCCCGAACCUCUGGUUACAGACGUGGCGCUGCUGCUGCUGAUGAGGCAAGAACCCAGAAGCCCCUACGUCAUUCAGCUGUACGAGUGGUUUGAACACCCUCGGAAAUUCACUCUCGUUAUGGAGUACCCCGAACCUUGCGAGAGCUUGCUGGACUUCAUCAUUCGUAACCCUAAACUGGAUGAACCAACGGCACGGGUCAUCAUGAGACAGGCUGUGCUGGCGGUACAACACUGCAUCGAGCGUGGCGUUUUUCAUAAUGACGUUCAUGCGGACAACUUCCUGUUGAAGAAAAACACGUUAGAGCUCAAGCUGAUAGACUUUGGCUGCGGUCAGCUACUUAGUAGUGACGGCUACGAGAGCAGAAUAUACCGUGGAUUACUGGAUUACUGCCCACCUGAAGUCUACACGGGACCGAGAUUCCACGCCAUCCCUACAAAUGUCUGGACUCUAGGAGUGUUGUUAUAUGAGAUGGUGAACGCAUGUUCUCCUUUUGGCAAUAGAAUGGAAAUCACACAAGCCAAAGUUACAUUUGAGAACUCCAAUUUAUCCAAAGAAUGCAGUGAUCUGAUUAGCCAGUGCCUAACAAAGGAUCCAACUAAACGGCCGACGUUAGAGCAGAUGUUACAACAUAAAUGGAUUAGAAAUGAUCUUCUUGUAGAUUGGAGAAGUUCAGGAGAUUCACUCGAUCAGUGAUUUCAGGAAAUAACAUACUUGCUGUCCUCGGUGGAGGGCUUGAGCUCGUGACAUGACCCGAAGCCCGAAAUCCAACCUCAACUCGACAGGGAACUCAAGCCGCCACACCAGAGAGUUCAGAGCCUGUGAGCAUGAGGGACUGCAAGACUGGAAAGAAAGAAGUCAUCACAACCAUAUUCCCAUCCUUCUCUUCCUUAUCCAUGUUCAACAAGUAUAGAGUUAGCCGUAGCCACAACGCAGAAGUCAAGUCAGUCUGAUCGUCAGAGACAUCAUUAUUCACGUACCCACCAGAGAUGAGACCGAUUCAAUGUCAUUUCCACAAAUAUACCAGUGACUUCAAAUAGAAGGUGGCAUGGUCAAACAAACUGUAACAAUUAUAAAUCAACACGUGUACACAAUCUUUAAGUUGUUAAGUUAACUUGUUUUUAUCAGGCUGUUAGACAAAACAGGAAGGGUGGUGGGUUAGCAGUUAUUUUCUCCUC